AUGCGUGGCCUGGGGGAAUGUGCCAGCACCUCCAAGUCCAUGAUCACCGCCGUUCAGAUUCGCCUCACUGGCAGCCACAUCCUGAUAUUGGAACCUGUGGCCAUGCUACCUUAUGCUACCUUACAGGAAAUACAGGGCUUUGAUGUAAUGAAGGAUCUUGAGCCGGCCUCGGUUGGAUCGGAUGAGGUCACAGGCCCUUGUGAGGUGUGGGGUCGCGCGUGCCACCUCAGUGCUUUCCAGGCAGCGCCCAGGCGGCAGGUGCUCGCCAACUCGCCAACUCGGCUGAUCGGGGAGCCUGGGGACGACGACCCAGCUGGACCCUUCAGGCAGUUCCAUGGGCGGAGCUUCGGGCUGAUCAGAAACAUUGAAACCAAGAAAUACUGCAAGAUUUCUAAAACCACAAGGAAGAAAAUUUCACCUGAAACUACUAAGGGUUUCAUCCCAGAAUAUAAAAGAAUAUAUGAAACAUCAUUAUUCCUGUAUAGUGAAGAAAAAUCCACCGAGGUUUCAGGAUCAAAAAAAUUCAGGAGAAAGAAAAGUUUACAAGUACAGCUUCAUAGUGAAAGAACUGAGAUUGCCUCUUCCUCUAUGAAGCCAUCAAAGGAGAAGAAGACCAGGAAAGAAAGCACUUUAUACAAGUUGCCAUGUCACAAGACUUCAUCACCUCUGCGUCCGACUCCCUCAUUAAUUCGGAAAAAGGAGAUGACUUCUAACCUCUACCUCACAUUAUACGAACAAAUGCCUGAGGAAAUUUUAAAAUACCAAGAGUUAAAUGCACUUCAGAAAGCCUGCUUAAUUUUUAGUAAAGUUCGCGAGGGGAAGGUUUACGUGAACGAUUUGACCACCGUUCUUCACCCCUUGAAGGUGUCUAUGAGUCACUCAGAAAUGCUCCAGGUGCUGAAGACUGUUGACAUUGAUGAAUUUCAAAAUGCCUUGAGGAAUUUUUCUAAGGUGAAAAGUGGUCGCGUGCCCGUUGAUGAAGUUGCUGCUUUUUUGGAUAGCAUGGAAAUCCAAGUGGACCCUGAGAUGCUCAGGGAUGUGAUGAGUCACUCUUAUGUGGACAGUAACCACACUGUGGACAUUGGAGACAUUAUAUUUGUGUUGGAUGAACUGCAACGCCAGUAUGAAGAUGUUUCAAUUAUGGAUGAAGCUACUUCAAGUAAAAGACCAUCAUAUGCACCAGGAUAUCACCCACAACAUAAGAAGAAAGUCAGUUCAUAUUCCAGAUUGAUUGAACCUUUCCCAUCAAAAAAGCCAAGUGUAGCUCCCCUCCAGCACCACAGCAGAGACUCGGAGAAACACGAGGAGCCGGAACUUAAACGAUCAAAACCUUCUUUACAAGCAAGAAGAUCGUCAAGCAGGACUGACAGCGAUUAUGUGGGAAUUCAGGAAGCAACGGUUCAUGAUUUGGAGUCUGAAUCACCUACCUUGAAGAGUACUUCAAGCCUCAAUAAGCUCCCCAGUAAAAGUGAUACCUCUGGCGGCUCAAAACUUCAGAAGCUAACUGUGAGAAAGCAGCCCAGCACCCCAAAACUAGUUUCAUCUAAGGAAAAAGCUGCAGUCAGCGCCUUAGAAAAUGUCCAUGACACUAUCAAUAAACUCCAAGGAAGUUACAUUUCUCCAGAAGAACUUCAGUCUGCACUUCCCUCAGUAGGGGUUACUAUAUCGGAAAAAGACUUCCAGAAGGUCGUGCCCGAGGCCACUGAAACCGAAAGUGGAAUGGUGAAUUUAGAUGACUUUAUUGUGGCAGUCUCCAAGGAACACAAUUUUUCUGAAUAUGAUGCACUGAAAGAUGCCAUUAAAACCAUUAAUAAAAUUCAGGAUGAAAAUGUUGCUUAUGAGGAUCUGGAAACUUGUCUUCAAAGUCUUGGAGUUUACCUUCCUAAGUCAGAACUAAAGAAGAUCAAAGAAUUAGCUAAACUUGAUGAAACAAAGAACGUGAAUUUUAAAGAAUUUAUUGAUACCAUGAUGAAGAACACGGAAUCCUUCUCUAAAAAUUUAUUGUUGCCAGAAACUAUUGAGCUGCUGAACAAUCUCAGCAAGGACCAGAUGGAUAUUUCUUCUCUAUGGGACAGGCUGUCCAGUCAGAAUAGUCAUCUAAAAAAGGACGAAUUCUUAGAUGCAGUGAACUUAACAACAGUUGAUGGUGACAAAGUACAACUUGAAGAAUUUUCAAGAGUGGUAAAGGAUAUGCACGAUGCCUUAAGGCUAAAAGAGCUGCAGAAUAUCGCGUCAGCCCUCAAUUCCCUCGGUGGUGAGAAGAUAGCCAGGAAGCAGUUGGAGGAUUUCCUGCAGAAUCUUGGGAUUACAUUAUUUAAAGACGAAGUGGAGAAAAUCCUUCAGUCAGACAUUGUUUCUGAAGAUAACAUGGUGAAUGUUAAAGACUGUAUAGAAGCAUUGAGAGACACUUCAAAAUUUUCAAACUUCACUGAUCUUAGAAAAGAAGCCUUAUCUUUAAACAUGAAACUACCAACAGUAAGUGAGAUCAAAGAAGCUGCUGACAUCUUGUCACAUGUUGACGGCAAGAUCACUGUGUCUGACUUGAAGCACGCCUUGAAGUAUUUGGGCGUUAGUUUAUCUGAAGAGGACGUAAGCGAAGCUCUUAAACAUUGUGAUACCACUGAUAACACGGAGGUGAACUUAAAAGAUUUCUUAAUGGAAAUUAAAAAUACUCCAAGUUUUAAAGAUUCUGUAGUCACACAGCUACUCGUAACCACUCCCCAAGUCCUCAAGGAUGAUCUGCUUGAUGUCUCUGACUUCAAGAAGCUACUGCUGAACGAUGACCUGCGUUCCGCUGAAGCCAUGCUGAGCGAAGUGUUGAAAGCUAUUCCUGAGCGUGAAGAAGGCAAAGUUCCUAUUGAAGAUUUUGUGGCCAAGUUCUUGGAUACUUUGACAAUUCUAAACUCUGAAGCCUGCCCUUCCUCCUGA